AUGGGUGAAACGGAGCAGAGACCAACAGCCGGAUCCCGGUUAGGAGCUCAGGAAAAUGCUGGGAUCAGUACAUUGGAACAUGGACAGAAACUGCCUAUGACACCUCCAGGAAAACUUAUCUCCAUCAAAAUCCAGAUGCUGGAUGAUACCCAGGAAGUUUUUGAUGUUCCGCAAAGAGCUCCAGGGAAAGUUUUGUUGGAUGCCGUUUGCAACCAUCUGAACCUUGUUGAAGGUGAUUAUUUUGGCCUUGAGUUUCCGGAUCAUAAAAAGAUCAUGGUGUGGCUGGACCUUUUGAAACCUAUUAUGAAACAGAUUAGAAGACCUAAGCAUGUUGUCGUAAAAUUUGUGGUGAAAUUCUUUCCACCAGAUCAUGCUCAGCUGCAAGAAGAACUGACAAGGUACCUGUUUGCAUUGCAAGUGAAGCAAGACCUGGUACAAGGCAGGCUAACGUGUAAUGACACCAGUGCUGCACUCUUAAUCUCACACAUAGUACAGUCUGAGAUUGGGGAUUUUGAUGAAACCAUAGACCGUGAACACUUAGCGAAGAACAAGUAUAUACCUCAACAAGAAACACUAGAAGACAAAAUCAUGGAAUUUCACCGCAAUCAUAUUGGACAGACACCAGCAGAAUCAGAUUUCCAACUACUAGAGAUUGCUCGUCGGUUGGAGAUGUAUGGAAUCCGGUUGCAUCCAGCAAAGGACAGGGAAGGGACGAAGAUCAACCUGGCAGUUGCCAACACAGGCAUUCUAGUUUUUCAGGGUCACACCAAGAUCAAUGCCUUCAACUGGGCUAAGGUUCGAAAGCUGAGCUUCAAGAGGAAGCGUUUUCUUAUCAAGCUACGGCCUGAUGUGAAUAAUUCAUUCCAGGACACCUUGGAAUUCCUGAUGGCCAGUCGGGAUUUUUGCAAGUCUUUCUGGAAGAUCUGUGUAGAACACCAUGCCUUUUUCAGACUCUUUGAGGAGCCCAAACCAAAGCCUAAACCUGUUCUUUUUACUAGAGGUUCAUCAUUUAGGUUCAGUGGCCGGACUCAGAAGCAGGUUCUUGACUAUGUUAAAGAAGGAGGACACAAGAAAGUGCAGUUUGAAAGGAAACACAGCAAGAUUCGUUCCAUCAGGAGUCUGACUACACAACCUUCAGAACAGCAUUCAGAGGUGCCAAAACAAGUCAGUAAUAGCUGUAGCUUUACAUUUGGAGAUGAUGCGGAUUCCCCAGUGGUGCAGAGCUGCUGGCAAGGGAAGGAACUGAAAGCUUCAACGGAAGAUGUUGGACAGCGCAGGAGCCCUUCCCUGAAGAAGAGCCCUAAGGAAGGUGGAAAGGUGGAUGGAGCGGUGAUGGUGACAAUGGAGGAAGAAGAGGAGGUCGUUAAGGAUAGGACACAGCAGAAUAGAUCUCAGUCGCAACAACCAAGCACAGGUUCUCUGACUGGCAGCCCUCACCUUUCAGAGCUCUCAAUCAAUUCUCAAGGAGCACCAGUGGUGGCAAAUAUGUCAUUAUCUCCAAACUUGAGCCCUGAUGCCAAGCAGUCUUCUCCACUGAUCAGCCCAUUGAUGAAUGACCCAUCGUAUAUCAGGACUGAUGAUGAGGAAGAGGUCAGGAGAAAGAGAUUUCCAACUGACAAAGCUUACUUCAUUGCUAAAGAAGUAUCGACCACAGAGCGAACUUACCUGAAGGACCUUGAAGUCAUUACAUCGUGGUUUCAGAGCACAGUGAGUAAAGAUGACUAUAUGCCAGAAACACUGAAGAAUUUCCUCUUCUCCAACUUUGAACCUUUGCACAAAUUUCACACCACUUUUCUAAAGGAAAUUGAGCAGAGACUUGCUCUGUGGGAAGGCCGCUCCAAUGCUCACAUUAAAGGAGAUUACCAAAGAAUUGGUGAUGUUAUGCUGAAGAACAUUCAGAGUAUGAAGCAACUGACAGUUCACCUGCGGAAACACAAUGAAGUUUUGAUGGAGUUGGAGAAUGGGAUCAAGAACUCUCGCAAGCUGGAGACCUUGUGCAGGGAUUUUGAGUUACAGAAAGUCUGCUACCUGCCCCUCAAUACCUUCCUACUCCGGCCUUUGCACCGGCUCAUGCACUAUAAGCAGAUAAUGGAAAGGCUCUGCAAACACUACCCACCAAAUCAUGUGGACUUCAGAGACUCCAGAGCUGCUCUGGCUGAGAUUUCUGAAAUGGUGGCUCAGCUCCAUGGUAGUAUGAUAAAGAUGGAGAACUUCCAGAAGCUGCAUGAACUCAAGAAAGAUUUGAUAGGCAUUGAUAAUCUGGCAAUCCCAGGAAGGGAGUUCAUUAGACUGGGCAGUCUUAGUAAGUUGUCUGGAAAGGGUUUACAGCAGCGGAUGUUCUUCCUGUUUAAUGAUGUUUUGUUGUACACAAGUAGAGGCCUGACAGCAUCAAAUCAAUUUAAAGUCCAUGGACAGCUCCCACUGUAUGGCAUGACAAUAGAGGAAAGUGAAGAGGAAUGGGGAGUUCCUCACUGUCUUACACUACGAGGUCAACAUCAGUCCAUCAUUGUUGCUGCAAGUACCCGUGCUGAAAUGGACAAGUGGACUGAGGACAUACAGAUGGCGAUAGAUCUGGCAGAGAAAAGCAGUGGUCCCACCCCUGAAUUACUGGCUAGUAGUCCACCUGACAAUAAGUCUCCUGAUGAAACUACUGUAGACCAGGAAUCAGAGGACGAUCUCAGUGCAUCCCGCACCUCACUUGAACGUCAGUCCCCACACCGUGGCAACACUACGGUGCACGUCUGCUGGCACAGAAAUACCAGCGUUUCAAUGAUCGACUUUAGUAUUGCUGUGGAGAAUCAGCUCUCUGGAAACCUGUUAAGAAAAUUCAAGAACAGCAACGGGUGGCAGAAGCUCUGGGUGGUAUUCACCAACUUCUGUAUGUUCUUCUACAAAUCGCACCAGGACAAUCAUCCUUUAGCCAGUCUUCCUCUCCUGGGGUAUUCACUUACCAUUCCUUCUGAAUCUGAGAACAUUCACAAAGAUUAUGUUUUCAAGUUACAUUUCAAAUCCCAUGUGUACUACUUCAGGGCUGAAAGUGAAUACACAUUUGAAAGAUGGAUGGAAGUGAUCCGAAGUGCCACCAGCUCUGCCUCACGCACCCGUGUUCUAAGUCAUAAAGAGUCUCAUGUGUAUUGA